AUGCACCACCUCUCGCGGGGCACGGUCGGAGCGGCCGAGGGUGCUGGGCCGUCGGCCGCGUGGGAGCGGGCAACACCGCUCCAGAGGGCUACUUCGAGGAGGUUACUGGAGACGUGGCUUGCUUGGGGCAGCCAGGUGGCCGCGAUCAAGGAAGACGAGGACGCCGCCCUUCGGCGCGUCAUGGCCGGUCGGGCCUCGCCAUAUUCAGGCGAUGGGGCUACGGUUGCCCUGGGAAAGGAUUCAAAGGGAAGGGAGAUGCUACCAAAGGGCGCGAUGUGCUCCGUCGACGUGGAGGAACUGGCUCUUCCGCCGCCAGGGACCAUCCCUGCCAAGCUCGCGGACAUCUGCCCGCUGGCCGCCGAGUACUUCUCCGACGUUGCGGGGGGGAUGCUACGCGAGCCCAGCAAGGCCAUGGACGAGGAGCUGAAGGGCCAGAUGGUCUACCGAGAUCCGUCUCUUCGAUCGAGGGCGUCGCGUCUCCGCCUAGCCGAGAGGCUUUGGGAUGCGGGGAUGCUCGGGACCACCGACGAGCUGGUCGAGGGGGUCUCGCUUUUCGGAGUCAUCAAGAAGUACCUGCAGGAGGAGGGGGGCCCCCUCAGCCCCGCCAGGCGCCAGGUGCGCGCCAUCUGGGACCAGAGGUGGGCCAACCUCCGCUGGCAGAGGCCCCCGUACGUGCCCCUCGGCAGCCCCGCGACCUUUGCUCACGUGGACCUCUCCAGCCUGGGCGAGAGGGAUGUGGUCUACACUGGCGUGGGCGACAUCCCGGACAUGUUCUAUCGUUUGGAGACGCCGCCCGAUGUCUGGCCCUACUUUGUCUUGGAGGAGGUGCCAGUCCACGAGUUCGUCGAAUACAUGAGGACCAAGGGGCGGGGCUGCGUCAUCCCCGAUGGCGGGCCCUUCCUGGCGCUGAAGGUCCUAGUCUUGGGCUGGUCGUGGGCCCCGUUCUUGGCCCACUCUACGCCGCAGGCCUGCGUGGCGCGCGGGCUCGGGGAGGACUCCGUCGGUGCGCGUCUGGUUUAUGGGGCUCCGACGCCUCAACUGACCGGGCCCGAGGGGUUCGAGUCGGUGAACUGGGCGUACAUGGACGACUACGGGGUCAUGGCCACGUCCGCCAGCGUGCAGCAGCCGGUGAGCGAGGUCGUGAGCGGACUGACGGCCCGAGUCAAGCACUACUUGAGGCAGGUCGGGCCCCCCGUCCACAAGGAGACCGAAGGCGAGGGGCUCGAGUCGCUGGGGGCGGUCAUCCGAGGCCGACCCUACUCCGUCUCAGCCGAGACCGACCGCACCUGCGGCCUGGCUCUGGUGACGCUGCGGCUGGUAGAGCGGACGUACUGGACCGCGGAGCUCCUCGAGCGCGUCGUGGGGUUGUGGGCGUGGGCGGCCAUCUUCCAGCGCACGGGCCUCGCCAUCUUCGACCAGGUGUACCACGAGAUGAGACGUCCCGAGACCGCCAAGACGCCGUUCCGACUGACGGACGCGGCGAGGUGGGAGCUGACUACGAUGGCAUACUGCGCACCCCUCUUACGUACAGAUCUCGAAGCUCCGUGGCUCUCGCAGGUGUUCAUGACGGACUCCAGCGACACGGGCUACGGAGUGGCGGUCACCGACGCCUCGCUGGAGGAGAUCAGGAAGGACGCCCGUUACAGCGAGAUGAGGGGAUGGACGAUCGCCACCGAGGAUAUUUACACAGCCCAGGAGGAGGACGCCUGGGUCCCCCACGCUGGGGGGUGUGCCUACGACGUCGACGAGCUUAUCGAGGCAUCGACUGCACCGCCGCCGCGGGUAAGUCGGAGGGUCUACCGGUUGCUGUGCCUCUUCGCGGGCAGGCGCCGGGAGGGGGAUCUAGAGGAGGCCAUCCACUCGCGGGCGGAGCGCGACGGCUACGAGGUCGAGGUCUGGUCCAUCGACGCGGUGAUCAACCCGAAGCACGACCUCACCAACGACGAGUUCGUCAGCCUGAUCCUGAGCCUGGCGCGCGACGGGUACUUCCACGCACCUUGGGGGCGGAGCGACAUGUCAUUCACAGCCUUCGAGCGCCUCCGCCUGGACCUAGGGUCGCGCCUUUUGCUGUCGGCCAUGCAGGCGGUCCGCGAGGUAUGUCGAGCUGGAGGCCUAGGCUUGAUGGAGCACCCUGCGGACCCAGAGGAGGACCCAUACCCGUCAAUCUGGAACCUACCCGAGAUGGCAUGUCUCCUCGAGGAGACGGGCGGGAGGAUCAAUCGGAUCGAUCAGUGCCGCUACGGAGCCCCGUCGAUGAAGCCGACCAUGAUUGGCAUCUUCGGGUUCUACGACGACGCACUGGACCUAGCCGCGGACCGUCUCCGCUUGAGGUGCAACCACCGAGGGAGGCAUCAGGCAGUACUCAAGGGACGGGCGUACCAGCCGCCGCUGUGCGCCGCGCUGGCGAAGGUGAUCAUCGAGGCGUUCGCCCGCGUGACGAAGGAGAUGAGGGGCCCCGAUCCGACGGGCUCGCGUGUGUCUCCAUCCACUUCGUCCUUCGGCCCACCGAGGCCGGGAAGGGCGAGGAUCGAGAAGCGAGGGCCACGGGCGUGGGAUAACUACGAGAAGGAGCCGCACCUGGGCAUCAGCGAGGGCGGCUUCACAAGGCUGCUUACCCACUCCGUGGCGGACGUCAGUGCGGCGCAGUGGGCCCCGAAGGUUCGAGACUUUCUUAGCCACUGUGUCGACAAGGGUUGGGAGCUGCGGUCCGCGAACGCCGUGGACCACGCCCUGGCCGACUACAUGGACAUGAAGUGCUACAAGGACCGGCUCCGUCCUGCGUGGGGGUCGAUCGUCUUGUUCGGGCUGCUAGUGAUUUGGCCUGAGCUGAGGAACCAGCUUCCCCUGGCCUUGCGAAGCCUGAAGAGCUGGCAGAGGCUGGUUAUCUCUGUGGAAGGGGGUCCUCUGCCGGAGGAAGCUGUCUUCGCCAUCGCCAUCUACUUCUUCGAGGCGGGGCUCCUGGAUGAAGCCAUCUGGACCCUCGUGCAGUGCGACGUCUACGGGCGGGGGCAGGACAUGGAGAUGCUGCGCGAGGCCGACAUCAUUUGGGAUGGCCGAUGCGUGGGCCUCCUGUUUGGCAUCUCGGCCCGAGGCGAGGAGGGCAAGACGGGCAGCAAUCAAGAGGUCGUCAUCCGCCGCGGCACGGUCGCGAGCCUCAUCCUGGCCCUGAAGGGCGUCAAGAAGAAUGCCACGGGGCCCAUCUUCGGCCCCAAGCAGGCAGGCUUCCGCAAAGAGUGGCACCGCGCAUGUCGCUCGCUUGGGAUGCCCUGGGCGCCGCCUCCGCACGGGCUCCGCCACUCGGGGCCCAGCGAGGACGUGGCCCGAGGACGGGCCAGCCUAGAGCAGGUGCGGAGGCGGGGCAGGUGGAAGGCAUUGUUCAGCGUCCAACGGUGCUCCAAGACGUUCGCCCUCGCGCAGUUCCGUGCAACAAUGCCGCAGAAGGUGCUGGCUGGACACCUAGCUGCCGAGAUGCUCCGUGCGAUAGAGUCCCGCACCAACUACAGCAAGCAGGAGCAGCUGGUCGACGGCAUCAGGGCGAAUAUGAAGACGAAGAAGGUGAAAGAUGUCGCCGCAGAGCUCUUGAUGCUGGGACCCACCACAAAGCAGAAUCAGAAGACCACCACCAACAAGAAGUCCACCAAGGGCGACACAAGCUGCCCGGAGUCCGACGACCUCUACUCCGACGAGACGUCGUCGUCUCGGGUCCACCACCUCGUCGACGUGGAGGUCGAGCAGUACUGGCUCGACGACGACUUGGCCCAGCUCUGGGCCGAGAACCAAUUGAUAGGUUGGCCUCCAGCCGUGCACCCGGUGCUCGAGCCGCCGGGGUCGGAGCCCGAAGUCUGGAGCACGGUCAACGUGCGCAUGCGCAGGGGCGUGGUCGGGCCGCACGCGAGGGAGACGAUCCAUGGAGACAGGCCACACCCUGGAGAGAUCCUUGCCAACAAGUACCGCGUCAGCAGGACUGUCGGCGAAGGCCAUUUCACUAAGGCCUACCUCGCAGAGGACAUCACCACGGGGACUUCGGUUUGCCUGAAGCGUCACCGUAACCUCAGCGUGGAGGCGCUUGCGGACCUCAUGGUCAUAGGGCGGCGGCUAGACGAGGUGGACUUAGGCGGUGGUCUGUUUCCGAAGCUGCUCGAUGCGUUCUACGACCUGGUCGGCUACACAGUCGAGGGUCUUGUGGAGGGCAAGAACUGUUUGGUCGUGCUACAGCGCGACAGGACAUUCUUCCAGAGCAUGGACAACUUGCGCGUUGUUGCACACGGCGGCCUGAGAGGCCUCAUGUACCUAGACCGCGCUGGCGUGGUGCACAAUGAUGUCAAGCCAGACAACAUCAUCUGGACCCAGGCGCCCAUGCACCACGGGGUACCCGUGGAGUCCCCCACUGUUCAGAUCGUCGACUUCGGCUGCGCGCGGCUAGAUCAGCGCGAGGAAGCGGGCCGCAACUGGAGCUUGGCCGAAGGUGGUGCGGGACACCUCGGCAAGUGGUCCCCUGAG